CGGAACGUACCAUUUUGCCAACAUACUGGGAAGGAUUUUGUUGUGACAGCGGAGUACCAACCCGGCGCGGAAACGGUUUUAUUCAUCUCGCAUCAGCCAUGGCCUUCAGCAAAGGGUACCGCAUUUACCACAAGCUGGACCCGCCACCUUACAGUGUCAUAGUGGAAACCAGGACCAGGGAUGAGUGCCUCAUGUUUGAAUCCGGAGCUGUUGCCGUUCUGUCGGCAGCAGAAAAGGAGGCCAUUAAGAGUACGUACAGUAAAAUUUUCGAUGCCUAUGGARUUCUUGGUGUCCUCCGCCUAAAUCUGGGUGACUCCAUGCUCCACAGCCUCGUGGUUGUAACGGGGUGCAGCUCUGUGGGCAAGGUGCAGGACUCGGAGGUUUUCAGGGUAACGCAGACAGACUUUAUAUCGCUGAAGAAUGAUGCAGGGGAUGAGGAUCGGAUCGCUGAGGUGCGCAAGGUCCUAAACUCGGGACACUUCUACUUUGCCUGGUCUGCCACUGGAGUCAGCAUGGACCUGAGUCUGAACGCACAUCGCAGGAUCCUGGAAGACACWACAGACAACCGCUUCUUCUGGAACCAGUCCCUGCACCUGCACCUGAAACAUUACGGCGUGAACUGCGAYGACUGGCUGCUGAGGCUGAUGUGUGGCGGCGUGGAGAUCAGGACCAUCUACGCGGGCCACAAACAGGCCAAGGCGUGCAUCUUCUCYCGCCUCAGCUCGGAGCGAGCCGGCACGCGCUUUAACGUCCGGGGGACAAACGACGACGGGCAGGUGGCCAACUUUGUGGAAACCGAGCAGGUUAUUUUCCUGGAAGACAAAGUCUCAUCCUUCAUCCAGAUCCGAGGCUCCAUUCCACUUUUCUGGGAACAACCAGGAAUCCAGGUUGGUUCUCAUCGUGUGAAACUGUCGAGGGGAUUUGAGGCAAAUGCACCAGCUUUUGAAAGACACUUCGCUGCUUUGAGGAGGUUGUAUGGAAAGCAGGUAAUUAUCAACCUGCUUGGUAGUAAGGAAGGGGAACACAUGCUCAGCAAAGCUUUUCAGAGUCACCUAAAGGCAUCAGAGCACGCAAACGCAGUGAAGAUGAUUAACUUUGACUACCAUCAAAAUGUAAGAGGCGGUAAGGCCGAUAAACUCCACAGUGUCCUGAAACCCCAGCUCAGCAAAUUCGUAGAUGAGUGCGGAUUCUUCUACUACUCUGGUGAAACGGGUAUUGUGAGGACUCAGGGAGGGACCAUGAGGACGAACUGUCUGGACUGUUUGGACAGAACUAACAGCGUUCAAGCCUUUUUUGCUCUUGAGAUGCUGCCCAACCAGUUGGAACAAAUGGGUCUGACAGAGAAGCCGCAGCUGGUGGCCAGGUUUCAGGAGGUUUUUAGGACCAUGUGGUCUAUGAAUGGUGACUCGGUCAGUAAGAUCUAUGCAGGCACCGGUGCCCUGGAUGGCAAAGCUAAGGCUGGGAAGCUCAAAGAUGGAGCUCGUUCUGUGACACGAACCAUCCAAAACAACUUCUUYGACACUUCCAAGCAGGAGGCUAUAGACAUCUUGAGGCUGGGCUCCACACUUAACAGUGAUUUGGCAGACAAAGCUCGGGCCUUGCUCACCACUUCUAGUCUUUAUGUCACUGAGCCUGUCUUACAAUCAGCCUCUCCAAGAGUAUUGCUGGGAAUGUGUCAGAGCUACCACAAAUACACAAGGCCCAAGAAAAUCCGAGUGUGUGUCGGCACCUGGAAUGUCAACGGGGGUAAACAGUUUCGCAGCAUCGCGUUUCGGAACCAAACGCUGAACGACUGGCUGCUGGACGCUCCUAAAAAGGCAGGCCUUCCCGAGUUCCAGGACAGCAAAGCCAACCCCGUAGAUAUCUUCGCCAUUGGUUUUGAAGAAAUGGUUGAACUGAAUGCUGGUAACAUCGUCAGUGCCAGCACUACAAACCAGAAACUCUGGGCCGCUGAGCUCCAAAAGAAUAUUUCGAGGGACCACAAAUACGUUCUGCUCGCUUCCGAGCAGCUUGUCGGAGUCUGUCUGUUUGUCUUCAUUCGCCCACAACACGCACCUUUCAUCAGGGAUGUCGCCGUUGACACGGUGAAAACUGGAAUGGGCGGAGCCACGGGUAAUAAAGGAGGCGUCGCCAUCCGUUUGUUGUUCCACACCACCAGUAUCUGCUUCCUCUGCUCCCACUUUGCUGCCGGCCAGUCACAGGUCAAAGAGAGAAACGAUGACUACAACGAGAUCACUCGCAGACUAAGCUUCCCCAUGGGUCGUCUGCUGUACGCGCAUGAUUAUGUGUUCUGGUGUGGAGACUUCAACUAUCGAAUCAACUUACCCAAUGAGGAAGUGAAAGACCUCAUCAAGCAGCAGAACUGGGAUUCGUUGACAGCUGGGGAUCAAUUGGUAGAACAAAAGAAUGCUGGAAUGGUCUUUCGAGGUUUCAUCGAGGGACAGUUAGAUUUCGCCCCCACGUAUAAAUACGACCUCUUCUCAGAAGAUUACGACACCAGUGAGAAGUGCCGCACACCGGCCUGGACUGACCGCAUACUUUGGAAAAGGAGAAAGUGGAACUUUAACAGGACAGCUGAGGCGAUGAAUGUUGUUGGUGGCACCUCUGCAUCAGGGGAGAAUGAGGAUGACCCAGAGUACACCUGGAACCCUGGUUCUUUGAAGUACUAUGGCAGGGCUGAGCUCAAGACCUCAGACCACAGGCCUGUGGUGGCAGUAAUAGAUGUGGACAUCCUGGAGGUGGACCCAGAGGCACGGCACCAGGUCUACAAAGAUGUCAUCGCCCGACAGGGGCCACCAGAUGGCACCAUCCUGGUGUCUCUCUGCACCUCUGGGCCGGAUGACUACUUUAGUGAUGAACUCAUAGAUGAGCUGCUGGAUAAGUUUACCACUUUUGGAGAGGUCAUCCUCAUCAGGUUUGUUGAAGAAAAAAUGUGGGUGACGUUUUUGGAAGGUUACUCUGCCCUGGCUGCGCUCUCUCUCAGCGGAUCCACAAUCCUUGACAAAUUGAUUGACAUCCGCUUAAAGAGUCCAGGCUGGAUCAAGAGUCUGGAGGAGGAAAUGAGCGUGGAAAGGAUCUGCGGAAGCAUGCCCACGUCAGCCAGCUCCACUCUGCUUGCUGAGGACGUGGACGUGGCUGACGACGAUUACGAUAUGGAAGGUGACGUGGACGACGAGGUGGAGGACAUCCUUCCUCAGCACCUGCAGCCUGGCGCCGGCUCUGCUCCCGGAUCCUCCCCUCUUCCCUCCCCCCGCAGCAGUCCCUGUCCCUCCCCUACCCACGGAGAACCUGCUGUUCCCAGCAGACCCAGUCGUGCACCACAACCCUCUCGRCCAUCGCAAGGGCCUCCUGUUGACUUCCAGCCCGGAGCCCCCACAGCUCAAAGCGUGGAGCCCAAACGAGCUCCUCCUCCUCGCCCCAACGCCCCACCACCCAGACCUGCUCCACCUCAACGCCCACCCCCACCUUCAGGAGGCACGAGUCCUCAGCCGGUUAGAAAGUACUCUGCAGACUGUGGCAAAUGUCCCAGCCCACUGCUUGGUAGGAGAGGCAGUGAAGGCCCAAAAAGUCCCGCUCUUCCUCGACCAGACGGCGCUGCAGGUCGGGGUCAGUCAGCAGCUGGAGCUCCUGGACCUUCCAGACCAAAUAUUCCCCCUCGAGCUGGAGUGAUCAGCGUGACGCCUCAGUCUCGCCCACUGCCUCCGUCUCACCCUGGAGCACCAAGGCCCAUCCCCGAGGUGCACCCCGGGGCCCCUCGACCUAUCCCCGACACCCACCCUGGAGCCCCACGGCCUGUGCCCAGUGCUCAGGCCAAACCACCUGACCUGCCAAUGGGUCCUCCCCCUUCAGGACCCCCUCCUGCAGCCCCCUCUGCUGYGAAACCCCAGGUUCAGUCACCGAUGAAGCCUCAGCCGGCUGCCCCUUCCGUUCAGUCUCAGCUCCCUCCGCCGAUGCAGCCCACACUCCCAGCUCCUCUGCAGCCGCAGCAAGCCGCCGCUCCCCGAGCGCCGACUCCAUCCACUGGAGCCCCCAGCACCCCCACCCCGACUGGGCCUCAGCCCAGCCUGUCUCCUAAACCUCCACCACGCUCCCGCUCCUCUCAUGCUCUACCGCCUGAUGCUGCCAAGGCUGAGACGGCCCCAGCUGCACAGACAAAUGGACUGAAUGGAUUCCUUAAAGAAGCACAACAGAAGCCCGACCCGUUUGACACGCUUACAUCAGACUUCCUGUCCUCAUCCUUCCAACACAGCACCCAGUCACUGAGCAGAGGCUCCUCCCUGCGCUCUCCACCCUCYGUUCCUCCAUUUGCGUUUUCCUCCUCCACCCUCCCCUCAUCCUUGUCCCACCAGUCGUCGCCGUCAUCCGACCGCCCGUUCCCGGACCCGACUUCUUUUCCCUCGCUGCUCCCGCCGCCUCCCGUCCCGUCUCGCAGCCGCUCCCAGGAGACGCUGCGGGCCUCCCCCAGCCCCUUCCUGUCCGAGCUGCUCCCCGCCCGCCCCAGCAGCACCAACCCGUUCACGGGCCCUCUGGUUCCGCAGCAGCAUCAACAGCGGCGCCCGCUCACCCCAGACUUCAGCUGCCAGCCUCAGAUCCCGCCCACACCGGCUCAGCCGCUCAUUCCCAGCCCCGCCCCCGCAGCUGCUCCCGCCUCCCAGCUGGACAGAACCGUGUCUCUGUUCGGAUCCACGUCAAGUCCGAGUCUUUUGCUCCCUCUUGCUCCCACUUUACCCCCGACGCUCCCUUCCUCACUUCCUCCCGCCCUCGCGCCCCGUAGUCACCCACCCCCUUCAGGAGGGAACCAAACGAGGCGGUGGGUCACAUUCGAUGAUGAUUUGAAUUUAAAACCCCCGACCAAAACACAACAGAACCCCUUUUUCCCUUCCACCCCGCUCAAGUCCCAAACCCAGACUCUGCCAUCCCACUCCGUGUUCGACUCGGAGCCAGACUGGUUAUCCUCGGCCGCCGGGGUGUUUCCCACCCUGCCYCCUCCCAUCCCAACUAGAACUGCAACCAUUAACCCAAAUCUCCCAGAGGGACCCAGUAACAACGGCUUUUUCCCCAGGGAGUCGACAGAAAGAUAAUAUCACCCCUCAUCUGCAAGGGGCRUAUUCAUAUAUAUGUAUAGAUCUAUAAUAAAUGUGUAUAUGUCUGUGUGUAUGUACAAAAGAGACAAUAUUUAAGAAGUAUAUCCCUUCAAAAUCACAAAGGAUUUAUAUAUCAAACCACAACAACUUUUUGUUUUAAACCGAGAGGUUUACCUUCUUCCUUGCUAUUAGCUUUUAAAUUUUCAACGUUUCAACAGCAGCAAUUGUGUGCCUGUAUCUACAGUGUGUUGUUCUAUAAAUAUAUAUACAAACAAUAUGUUUAACUACAUGUGCAAUAUCAAGAUAUAACUGUGCUGCAUCUGGCGGUGAGGUAAACCUACGUGGCUUUGCAGUUCCUUCCUGCAGCGACACAGCGGCUCAUAUCCAUCGUUGGUCAUGGAAUUCUCUGAGUGUAAUUUGUUGGUUUUAAUCCGUCAUGGUGUAAUACUGUAUGCAGGUGUAACUUGGCCCUAAAUGUGCUGUUUUCUGCAGCGGUGUGAUUUUUCUGUUUUGAUGUUUGGAUUCUUUUUCAAACUAUGUCUUGAUUUAUUAUAUAUUUUUUAAUGAAUGUAGUUUUAAUUUGCACUGAUGUUUUUGCCUUUAUGUUGACAUCACGGUGUGAGAUUAAAAAGCAACAUGAGGCGAUCCGUCAGCCGCUGGACUGAAUCCAUACCACUUCCAUUUAAUCGUAACACAUUAUGUUUCAGUCAGCGUUAAUUGUCUGUAAGCUGAUACAUUUGACUGACGAUAUUUUGUAGCUCUAAAUUAAAACCUUUACUUAAAAAUGUACAUUUCAUUACAGAAAGUACUGAAUAAGAGGGCUGUUUACUACUUUUCUUCCUCUGUAGUGUCUCCUUUUUUUGAUUUCUCUAAAGCACCAAACUGUGUUAUUUCAACCUCAGAGAAUGUUGUAUUUGUGUGUCUACAUGUACUCAAAGUACAACCAUAGUAUGGCUUGGAUCAGCAAGCAGGACAGCACUUUUUUUUCUUUCGAAACUUUGAUUCUAGGUAAAGGAGGAGCCAUACUUCUCAGUUCUUGUAACRGUUACUCUGCUAUGGCUGUGGUGCGACGUGAUGUGCUGUGUUUGAGGUGCAUACCGUCCAUUGUCGUGUUUGUGUUUGGAUGCGUGCGUGUACAGAUUUUAGAAUUGAACGUUGCAGUUUCUCCCCCUCCCCACCCAAAAAUAAUCUGUUUUGGAUAAAAAAGCAACAUUUCUUAACAGACUGAGCAGCCUGCAACCAUUUAUUUCUCCUAUCAGGGCUGCAGCUGUGUGUGCAUACUGUAYGCAGCCAAACUCAUCAUUACUGAGCACGUAGACUGAACUAAUAGCUCAGAAUCUUUGAAUUCAAACUAUUUAUUCCAGUUGAGUGUUUUUUUUUCUGCUGAGCUUCCCUUAGAUUUUAAUUAUUUGUAUGUGUCAGUAUUUUUGUCCUGCACUACCUGCUUCACUCAUUACCGACUAUGAUGAUGAGCAAUARGUGUGUUAAAGGAUCAGAGAGGAAGCGGCACUUAUCAGCUGUUUCCCUUCCUGUCCUCAGAAAUUAUAUAUUCAGCAGAAGUGUCUGGUAACCAUUUUCAUGAAUCAUAAAAAAAACACAUCAGAUUCWUGAUAGAACCACUUAAGUAUUGCUUCUACGCUCUUUACACGUUUGUAAAAUAAGCAAAAAGUAAUGGACACUGCAAGUAUCAGGCUGGAUCUCUAAAAAAAAAAACAUUUGUUUGUGCAGUAGAUGCUGUAUCAGGUUACUAGCCAGUGCUUUGUCAUGUCACGAUUUUAAAGGUUCAAAAUUGUUUUAUUCUUUUUUUAUUAGAAAUCAAGUUUCUCCAUUUGUGACAUGGAUGUCCCUCCCCUUUACGGCUUUAUUCUGUAGUAAAUAGGAGUCUGUGUUGUGAAUCAUUCUGUAUGUAUUAAAGUGAAAACACAAAGCUGUAAUUCAUGUUAAUAUCUAAUGUUCCAUAGUUUACGUGCAAAGCAAAUGGCRCAUUUAUGUAUGAAGCAGUUUGUGUUGUAUGUAUGCAAAAAUAAACGUWUGUUGACACGA